GUGAAUGGAGGCAGGCAUGACGACAGAUGGCGUGCACAGUCAGGGAUUAUAUAUUAACUCCCAGCAGCCCAGAUUCUCUCACACACAGCCAGCCUCACACAGACUCACAGAGAAGCCAGCAGAACCAUGCAGCAGAGACAGGCAGCGCAUCACAGCACAGCCAGCAAACAGUAAACUUAGAUGAACAGAGGAUUUAACUUAUGGACAAAGUAACAGAGGCCAGUUUUUCUGCUGUCACCAUGGAGGUAUGGAGCUCCUCAGCUUCUGAGGGGGAAGAAGACGACAAGAGCAUGACCAGUUGUGUGGAGGAAAUAGUUGAAGAAGAUAUAAUCUGCAACAACAGCAAUAAUAACAACAACAAUACAAACAACAGCCUUUGCAAGGAGGUAACACAAGUGUUGUGCUCAGAUAGAGUGGGCCAAAUCACCAAGACGUACCACGACAUCAAGGCGGUCACCCACCUGCUGGAGGAGAAAGAGCGGGAUCUGGAGUUAGCGGCUCGAAUUGGUCAGUCCCUUCUAAAGCAGAACCAAGAGCUAACAGCUCGCAAUGAAACCCUGGACGAACAGCUGGAGUUUGCAAAAGAAGAGAUCUCUCAACUUCGCCAUGAGCUAUCGAUGCGAGAUGACCUGCUGCAGUUUUACGCCAGCACAGAGGAGACGGAGAACGCACAGAGCCUGUCCCCAAUUAAGAGAAAUGAAUCCAGCAGUUCUCUCAGCAACUUCGUCCAUUAUGACUUUCUGCAUCAAAAGCUGAAGGGUUUGGAGGAGGAGAACCGCAAACUGAGAAUAGAGGCCAAUGAGCUCUCAUCAGAGACGACCAACUAUGAGGAGCAGGAACAGGAGCUGAUGAUGGUGUGUGUGGAGGAGCUCUCAUCUGCAAAUAAACAGGUGGUGGACCUGUCUGAGGAGCUGGCUCGAAAGGUAGAGGACACUCUCCGGCAGCAGGAAGAGAUCAGCUCACUGCUCGCUCAGAUUGUUGACCUGCAGGCGCGCUGCAAAGGGCUUGGUCAUGAGAACGAGGCGCUGAACCAGCAACUGAGUGCCUCCAGAGAAAACGAGUCAAAACUGAAAUCAGAGCUCAAGGACUUGCAGGACAAGUACUCUGAGUGUGAGGACAUGCUCCACGAGGCCCAGAAGGACAUUAAAAACCUGCGAAACAAAAGUCUGCCUAACAGUACGGUGCAGCGGUACACCGCCCUGGCCUCCGUCCUCCCCAUGGACUCUCUGGCUGCGGAGAUAGAGGGCACCUUUAGGAAAGGUCUGGACUCUCCCACCCCGUCAGAGUACAAGAACCAUCCAUGGCGUGUGUUUGAAACAGUGAAGGUGGUAAACAAAGCGGUGAGAAUGCGGUCCCAGUGUCUCUCACCAGGGCUGCCAGGAUCCAGCCCUGUGUCCGCACCCUCCAGUUGCACCAGCACCCCUCGAACCAGCUACUACGGCUCUGACAAUGCCAGCUUCAUUCUGGAGGACAAGCCGAGCUCCAGUUCGGCUCAAAAAGAGGAUAACAGUGUCAGUGGGCCGAAACGGCUGGGUCAGCCAGGCACACCAGGAGGUCAGGACCUGGAAGCUGCUCUACGCAACCUCUCUGCUCGGCAGCAGAGCCACUCCUCUGACCGGCCCUUCUUUGACGUGGAGAGAGAACGGAAACUCCGCGCCCUGGCGGCAAACUGUGAGGAGGGCGACGGCUCCAGUGGCUUUCUGACACCUAAUGACAGCCUGCCGUCUAGCUCAGCUGCAUCAACAAGCACCAACUACUCAAACGGAAGCUCACGGCACUCCUGCGGCUCCUCGGGUGGAUCCAGGUCCUACCUGCCAGACCGCCUGCAGAUCGUUAAGCCUCUAGAAGGCUCUGUGACUCUGCACCACUGGCAGCAGCUGGCUAAGCCAAACCUGGGGGGCAUCCUCCACCCUCGCCCUGGAGUCCUGACCAAAGACUUCAAGGAACUAGAGGUGGACACUCAGCACGUCUACAGCCUGAACGACCUGGAGGAGGAUGAGCCUGACCUGUCGCAGCUUUCUGCAGCUCAUGGUUUGGCCUCCUCAUCGGGUCCCAACCUCCCUCAGACCUUCCCCACACAUCCCACCUGCAAAGUCCUCCAACCCUCCCCUCUCAUCCCCUCCUUCUCCAAUCGCCUUCGCUCUUUCAGCCUGCCACCUCAUCGGGACGGUGAGCACGUGAACGCCUCGUCAUCCUCCCAACUCAAGCACUUUCACCGCAGAAGCCUCAACUCCACCCCCGGAAGCACCUUCUCCUUGGGACUCCUGCAGCUGCUGCAGCAGCACGGCAUCUCUGCCUCCACUGACCCCUACAGCAACCUGCACUAUGCCCAGACUGUGGCGCAUCCUCUGUCCUCUGAUGUGAAACAGGGAGGAGGAUCUGGAUUGUCCUCAGACAGAAACCAAGGGAGGGGCGUCUUUAGUCUGAACUUAGUGGAGAAGCUUCAGAGCCUCGGGCUGCACAGAGUGGCAGCCUGGGGAAUGAUGGGCCGGGGUGGGCAUGAGAGACAACACAAAACCUUCACAUGCUCCCCCAACUCCUCUUCUUCACCAUCGUGACUUUGCAUUAAGCCAUGAGAUUCCAAAAUGUGCAAUCCAUGACCCACCACAGCACCCGUGUCUUGAAAAAGAGAACGCCACAGAAUGUGUUGAAGCCACGCUGGAGAUGUUAUCUCUUUAGAAGGAUGGACUUACAGUAUGUUCAUUCAACCAGUCUUCAUCUCAGGAGCUGAUUACUUCAGCUUGUUAUCACACACACACUACACCACUAACAGAAUCUUUUUAUGUGUUUGUGAAUGUCCUUUUACUAUUUUCUGCAUCGCUUGUUUUAUUAAUGUAAUCACUUGUGUAUUUUUUUUUAGUUUAAAAAGUGUAAAUAGUAGUAUUCCUCUUUGAUAUUUAAGUUAAAAAAAAGUCAACAUGCAGUAUAAACUGAGGCUGUGAUACUUAAAAAACCAAAAGCUCUGGUUUUCGUGUAUUUCUGAACUCCUGCAGUGAGGAAACAAAGCUCUGAUUAAAAACGUGCUGUUGUGGUUUCCUUCAUCCAUCUCUCUCCGGCUCUCACGCCAUGCAGACCUCCUCAUCUCUAAUUAUUUGGUAAAUCUAUAUACAUCAGAAAGAACUGGACAGACUUUCAGCUUCAACAUAUGGUUGUCAACUUUUCUGUUUCACCAUUCAAGGAAUCUGUCUAAAUGCUGGGAUCCGUAUCUGAUCAUGUAUUUCUGGGCAUUACGAGUUAUUUUCCAAUCUUUUAAUGUUUGAACAAUGUGUUGCAUACAGAACAAUCAAAUCUAGCUUCAUAGAAUACUGUGGAUUUAAAAGGGAAUAAAUCUUAAAAGCUGAAUGUCUAGUUUUUGACCUAAACUCGCUGAUUCCUGUUUCUCUCCUCUGCUCUUCACUGUAGUCUGCCAACUAUGUGGAAGUGUUCCUUUUACCAACCGAGAAUAAAAUAU